CAGUACUCGAACGCUGUACAAACAGUAACACACGCGCGGUUUUCAUUCCUCUCCGGUUCGCGGCGAGAUUCGCGAACACGCGGCAGUCGCGCCGCGGCAAGACAAAAGCGAACCACACGGGGGAACGUUUGCGCGCCCGCGCCACAAAACUUUCGAUCUCGUUGUGACCCCGAAUUUUGACGGUUUCCUGUUCCUUCCCGCAGUAGAAAGUGUGGAUGCCUGUGCCGUGCGAGAGAUGUGUGUGUUUGCGCGUUUGCAUCUUUGAAACCACUUGAAACACGCCGUCCAGCUGUGAAUGUGAAAGAAAGGUUACGUGAAGAGGAUUGUUCGUGCAAAGAAAAGUCCCUUUUUCCAACUGUUUGUGUAUGUGUGUGGGAAACAAAAGUCCAGCAAAAAGUUACCGUGCAUAAUGCAAAUGACGAGUUGAUAAAAACGGGUGUAACGUGCCAUCCAGGUUUGUUUGAGACUUUUCCCGUUCAACUCUCCCAUCGACCGGACGCGCGUAGCUAUGAACAUCGCUCGAACUCGCAAGCCCAUUUAUCAACCGCUGGCACAGAACGAUUUCGGAGACGGCGGCAGCAGUGAUUCCGAGCCGGGUGACAGUGACGGGGAUCGGGAGGCAGCACCUACCAUCGGUAGUCGCCGGUGGUUGCGGUCAGCACGUGGUGUUAUUGUGGACAUGGAUGGUGGUCGUGGUGGUGUUGAAGGAAAGAUGAAAAUUGAUAUGUACCAGGAACUCGUUGGCUCUGGCAAGCGGAACCUUCGCCGAUAUCUUCUCCUCGGUACGUUGGCCGUCAUCCUUACCGUCGUUGCCGUCGCGCUCGUGGUCGUCCUCACCGCUAGCAAUGAGGAAGAAAGCGGUCCCGAGACGGCCCCUAUCAUUCGUGAAGGUGAACCGAUCACGCUGGAUGACUUCCUGCAGGGCCGACUGUCGGCGAGCGGCUUUACCGGCACCUGGACCGCCAAUGGAAAAAUCAUAUUCCGCGACGACUUCGGCACGGUGAUGGUGUACGAUCCGGAGGACAACGACACAAAAACACUGCUCGGAGUGGCGAACGAAGAGCAGCUGCAGGGUUUCAAGUUUGACCUGUCGCCCGACGGCAAGUAUCUGCUGGUAGCGCGCGGCUACAGCAAGAUCUUCCGCCACAGCUACCUGGCGAUCUACGAUAUUGUGGAUAUGGCGACGAAGCAGGUCACUCCGAUUAAUGUCGGUGGACAGAGGCGUGCCCUCAAUCUCGUUGAAUGGAGCCCCGUCGGCCACUCGUUUGUGUUCGUGUACCAGAACAACCUCUACUACCGCGAAACGCCGACCUCGCCCGAGAUCCAGAUCACCACCGAUGGUAGCCCGAGCGUGUACAACGGCAUCCCGGACUGGGUGUACGAGGAGGAAGUGUUCUCCACCAACAUUGCCACCUGGUUCUCGCCGGACGGCAAGCGCAUCGCGUUCAUACGCUUCAACGACACGGAAACGCCACUGAUGAAGAUCCCAAUCUAUGGGCCACCGGGCAACCCGGACUAUCAGUAUCCACGCGAGCUGACGCUGCACUACCCGAAGGUGGGCACCAAGAACCCGGAGGUGCAUCUGUUCCAGUACGAUCUGACCGGGCGGAAGUUGGCGGAGAUUGAGCCACCGGUUGAGCUGGUGAAUCAGCAGCGCGAUCACAUCAUUACGAGCGUUGGCUGGACGAAGGAACGGCUCGUGACGAUCUGGAUGAAUCGUGUGCAGAACCAUGCCAUUAUCAAGUCAUGCCUGCCCGAGUCUGGCCAGUGUAUGACCGUGCACGAGAUUAAGGAAGAGUCCGGAUGGUUGGAUCUAUUUAGUGCGCCGGUGUUUAAUGGGGAUGGAACACAGUUCCUGGUGAUCUCGUCCCAGGCGCAGGGUACUGCCGGUGGAUUUAAGCACGUGACGAUGAUCUCCACGACGGAACGGUCGGCCGUCCCGGUGACUAGCGGUACGUUUGUCGUGCAGGAGAUUCUACGCUGGGAUGCGGAGAGUAAUCUGAUCUUUUACACGGCCAACACGGCCAACGAAUCGCACGUGCUGCAUGUGUACGCGAUCGAGGGUCGACCGAAUGCUCCCGCCGGGCAGUGCUUGACGUGCGACACAGAGGUGAGCGCAAAGCAGAGCUUCUUCAAUGCGCAGAUGAGCCCGAACGGCGGUAACUACUUGGUGCUGGAAGCGCGCGGCCCCAACAUUCCCUGGACGCACGUGUAUCGGUGGAGCGUUGCUGAGAAGGUUGUGCAGCUGAAGCUGAUGAAGAUCUGGGAAUCGAACGAUCAUCUGGAGCGUGCGCUCAAGGGGAAAGCGAUCCCACGCGUCGAAAUACACGAGCUGGAUCUUGGCAAUGGAUUUACCGCGAAGGCGAUGCUGCUCAUUCCACCCGGCACCAACACCUCCAGCAGUGCGGUCAAGCAUCCGAUGCUGGUGGACGUGUACGGUGGGCCCAACUCGGCCAACGUCGUCGGCACCUGGUCGAUCGGUUGGGGCACCCAUCUCGCCUCGAACCGGUCCGUGGUGUACGCGAAGAUUGAUGGCCGCGGCAGUGGACUGCGCGGCGAUCGGCUCAUGUACCAGAUCUACCGUAAGCUCGGUACGGUCGAGGUACAGGAUCAGAUUACCGGCGCUCGCAAGCUAGCCGAACAGCUGCCGUUUGUCGAUCCGCAGCGUAUCGCUAUCUGGGGCUGGAGUUACGGUGGUUACGCAUCGGCCAUGGCACUAGCGCAGGAUACGCAGCACGUGUUCCAGUGUGCCGUGUCGGUGGCGCCGGUAACGGAUUGGCUGUUUUACGAUUCGAUCUACACCGAACGGUACAUGGGCCUGCCGACACUUACCGACAACCGGGCCGGGUAUGAAACAUCGCGACUGACGGCACUGCACGAGCGGUUCCGCAAUCGGACGUACCUGCUGGUGCACGGUACGUACGAUGACAACGUCCACUACCAGCAGGCGAUGCAGCUGGCCCGGGCGCUCGAAACACACGACAUCAUGUUCAAGCAGGUGAGCUACCCGGACGAGGAUCACAGUCUGGCUGGUGUGCGGCCCCAUCUUUACCAUACGCUUGGUAAAUUCUUCAGCGAGUGCUUAAAGCUAAACUAAAGCUCUGCUCUGUACUGUGUUCGCAUUCCAAAACCCGCACCCGGUCGGUACUUUUCGCGCUCCUCGGUUUGCUUCUUUGCAGUGAUUUUGGAGGGUGCGAUGAGAUUCGCCUAUAUACAGCACAAACGAUCCCUGUACAUACUAUAAGAUAAGACUAACUCGGAAGAAGCCAGGAGGGGUGUUUGUGAAGCAAGAGACAAGGUCCUCCACAAAAGCGAAGUGGAGCAUUUGGUGUCUAUAAUGUGGAGAGGAGAAAAGGAGACAAAGCAGGGACAACGGCAUUUGUUGUGAGAACAGAUUUUAAAACACUAUAUGUACAUAGAAGGAGAGAGCUAAUGAAGGAAAAGGGAAGAAUGGGAUAGAAACAGAAGUACAACGUGUUUGUAAAACACUAGUCAAAGGAACGUAUUAUCCCGUCGGUCGGUUCGUUAUACACUUGUGGUUAUGCAGGAGAGAUAGAGAGAGAGCUAGGAACGGUUCUUAAAACACACACGCACAUCACGUACACAGAUACAUAUUGGUAGGGAAUUUAAGUGUAACAGCAAUCCAGUAGUAGCUGAACUCGACUGCCACCGCGCAGUAGUGGGUAGAGAGUACGAAGAGGAGGUAUUCGAUGAACGGGAUAGGAAAUAUAAAUGUUUUGUUUAAAACUA